AUGCAGUCGCCGCAGAACAUGCCAGCUGCACCGGCCGAGCCGACUCCCGAUGAUUCCUGGGCAGACUUCAUUGCUGACACCGUGACGACCAUGAAGCCUGUCUCCACGGAUGUACUCCGAGCUGUGCAGGUGUGUGAUGCCCUUGAGAAUUUCGGUGCCAACCUCCGCAAGCCCUGCGGCAGCCGACACGUGUUGAGCUAUCCCACGACGAAGAUCCGCACCUUUUGGAGCCACAGCUGGCAUGGUCGCGCCUGGAAGAAGUAUGCCACCCUCCUUCUCUUCUACCAUGGCUCCUGUUCUGUUUUGGUUUAG